AUGACCGAAGGGCAGCGGCAGAAGGAUGCCGAGGCACUGCUUCUCCUAGGUUUUGCCAUGGAGAUCGCUAUGAUACAGGUCGAAGGCGGCCGCAAGUUCGCUUUUGAGCACCCCUCAGGUGCAUCCUCCUGGUCGACCCAGGCCGUUCAGCACAUUUUGGGACUGGAAGGGGUAGGACACACAAAUAUAGACAUGUGCUACUUCGGUCUCAGUGUCGACAAGAGCGGAGACCUGUCUCGAAAGCCGACGCGUUUGAUGUCUAACUGCCCCCGGUUCCUGGACCGUUUUCUCUCCGCCAAGUGUUCCGGGGAUCACGUGCGCGCUCAGUUGAUCGGGGGAGGAAUGACAUCGAAGGCUCGCGUUUACCCGCCAAAGUUCGCGAGGGCCCUGGCCGAGGCUAUCAGGUCCAGCGUGGAAAACACUCACCCGGGCCCCGCCCCCGAGGAAGUUAGAGUGGUCCGAAGGCCACAGUACCAGCUCUUAGUUGAGCCGCCGGGGGGGUUAUGCUUUCCUACGGGGACUGGGGAGGCCCCCAGCCCUAACGAGGCGGCAGCCGGAGGGAGCGAGGACGCCCGCCCUGACGACGAACAGGGCGAGGAAGCGGAAGCCGAGGAAGGUCCGGGGCCUGAAGACGAGAAAUUCGUCAUCACAGCCCCGGUGAAGCGUAUGAUACACAAAGUUCACGUGAACUUAGCUCACCCCCACAAAGACGUCUUUCUCAAAAUACUCAAGGCGGCCCAGGCGAAGCCAGAGGUUUUGCGAUACGUCCGGGACGAGUUCACGUGCGGGGACUGUCAGGCCCAUUCCAGGACGGCCGCUAGUCGGCCAGCCGCGGUCCCGAAGACGUUUGAGUUCAAUAAAAUCAUUGCCCUUGACACGUUUUUCCUUACGUUCAAGGACCAACAGCUGGCCUUUCUCAACGUUAUAUGUCACGGGACAAACUUUCAGGUUGUGGAGCUCUACGACGGCACGGCUCUCGGCGCUUGGCGAGCGUUCAUGCGUGCCUGGGUAAGACCUUUCGGCCCGCCAGUGUUCGCCAUCACAGAUGGCGGUCCCGAGUUCAAGGGACAGUUCGAGAGGGGGGUGGAACAUUUAGGGAUAUUUCACCAUAUCACGGACUCCGAGAGCCCCUGGCAGAAUGGCAGGGCAGAAAGGCACGGAGGAUGGGUGAAAGAAAUUCUGUUCAAGGCCUCCGAGACGACUCUCGUCACCACGGUGCCGGAACUCGAAACAUUGGUUCACGAGGUCACCGCGGCCAAGAACAGAUACCUGCACCGGGGGGGUUUCACUCCCUAUCAACUCGUUUUCGGGAUAAACCCCAGGAUUCCCAGCGAUAUCUUGGCCGACGAUCCGAUUCAGGUCGUUGGAGUCGAGGAUUUAUCUCCCGGGUCCUGGGACCGAGACACCGCGUCAGCGGAGUUUGCGAGGCGAGAUGCCAUUCGCAGGCAUGCUCGCAAGGAGCUGUUUGAGAGUUCCAGUUUAAAGAAGUUGGCCAGCGCUGUCAAGGCGCCCACCCAUCGGGACAAGCAUUUUGUGCCGGGACAGUGGGUCUACGUGUGGCGCAGAGCGCCAAAGGGGGGACAAAAGACCUACGCCUUACAAAUGGACAGGUGGAGAGAGCACAUAGGUCCUUUCGUCGCCAUCUUAAAGGACGAGUGCCAGGUUCUUGGGGAGCCACAGUCCGGGAACCUGAGCGUGGUCGACGCAAAGGGUAUAUACGACACGCUCUCAAAGCUCACGGCGGGGUCCAAGUCGGACCGGCGGGCAGCCAUAGACUUAGCGGUGGUCAGGACAUCUAUGGAGAAAAUCGGAAGCGCGAUCCGAUGGAUGCCGCAUCCGCUGAUGCCUGUAGACUGUAUGACCAAAUCGGAUCUAGCCAAGACUAAUGCCGCUCAGUUGACCAUGCUCAAGUCAGGCAUGCUUCGCCUAUCGGCGGAGGAGUCCGCCAUCCAGGAAAGAAAAGAGGACCCCAG